GUAUGCUAUGCUUUCUUCAAACUUGGGUUUCCAAUUUUUCUUACUUUACCGAAUCUUACUUCAAUAUUGUUCCUGUUAAUGUAUGUUUACAAGUUCAGAGCCAAAGGGUUUUAAUUGUUGGAAAUUAGAAAGAUGAGCGAUGCAGCAGCAAUGGAUUUGAGUGGGGAUGGAGGUGUGUUGAAGACUAUAAUACGCCGAGCUAAACCCGAUGCAGUUGUUCCAUCUGAUAGUCUUCCGCUUCUCGAUGUCCAUUAUGAAGGCAUUCUUGCCGAGACGGGUGAAGUUUUUGAUACUACGCAUGAAGAUAAUACCAUCUUCACCUUUGAACUUGGCACUGGAUCUGUAAUUAAAGCAUGGGAUAUUGCACUGAAAACGAUGAAGGUUGGGGAGGUUGCAAAGAUCACUUGUACCCCCGAUUAUGGCUAUGGCAGCGCUGGUUCUCCACCAGAUAUCCCCCCAAAUUCAACACUUAUUUUUGAGGUUGAGUUGGUAGAUUGCCGACCUCAGAGAGGCUCGACUCUAAGCAGUGCUUCAGACGAGAGGUCCCGGCUCGAUGAGCUAAAGAAGCAGAGGGAAGCUGCUUCUGCUGUUAAAGAAGGUGAAAAAAAGAAAAGGGAAGAAGCAAAAGCAGCUGCUGCUGCAAGAAUUCAAGCUAAACUUGAAGCCAAGAAAGGUCAAGGCAAGGGUAAAGGCAAAUCCAGAUAACAAAUUACCCUUUUUUAUUAUAAAAGAAAUUGAAAUAAAAUAAAAUGUAAUGGUUGCUUUUGUUUAUGCUUCUUGCACUCGAUAAGGUUGGUACAUGCCAUUCUCAUUCACUCAAGUGUUUCCUACACAGUUUUCGGUGUUUUUGUUCCUUGGAUAUUAACAAACUCAUCUUCCUUUCUUUCAUGUUUAAAGAUUUUAAAACUAG